UUGCCUAGCAGAAAGGAAGGCGCUCCAGUUCCGGGUCAGGCCCUUCUCCGCCUCCGUCCGCCUCUGUCCGCCUCAGCGGCCUCAGCGAUGGCGAACAGUGGCGGCGCAGGGGCGGCGGCUGCGGGGGCGGCCUCGGCGGCGAAUCUGAAUGCUGUGAGGGAGACCAUGGAUGUUCUGCUUGAGAUUUCAAGGAUUUUGAAUACUGGCUUAGAUAUGGAAACUCUGUCUAUUUGUGUACGGCUUUGUGAACAAGGAAUUAACCCAGAAGCUUUAUCAUCAGUUAUUAAGGAACUUCGCAAGGCCUCCGAAGCACUAAAGGCUGCUGAAAAUAUGACAAGUUGACUUUCUGGAGAAAUCCUGAUGAGAUAUGUCCAGCUCUGCAAGAGGAUUUAAAGAUUGCAUUGUAGUCAGGAAUGUAGAAUGAACUUCAUGCAGCAGUAUAGAAAUAUUUUGUUUUUGUUUUUGUUUUUUUAAGAAUUAUAAACUAUAGCUGUAUAAAUCAGUGGAAAGUGGCUUAAGAGAGAACUAUCAAAUAUGUUUACUUCGCAUCAUAUUCAUUUGUUUUUAAAGGCCCUAAUGCUUUGGCAUUGCUGUGUUCAUAUUUAUGUAUUCCUUAUUUAUAGUUCUGAUAGCUUUAAUUUUCUAAGCAGUCUGUCUAUAAAAUGUGCACAUCACUGUGAUUGGUUGAGUCUAGUGGAACCCAUCAGUAGUGAUAAAGUAAUAAUGACUUGUUAACAUUUCCAUUAUAAACUUUAAUUUUGAAUUGUUUAUGCAUAAUAAUUGUGGAUUUAGUUGUGUUGAGCUGUAAGUUGACAAUUGCAGCCACCAUUUGUGAAUUUUUAUUUAGAUUCAUUAUGAAUAUCAGAAUUUUUUUAUUUUAAAUAAGAGCAUAGAAAGCAUUUCUUGUGUACUCUUUAAUGAAGAAUGUUUAGUUUUAUAAACAUGAAGUUUGGCUGGCUGUUAAUGUGAAUCAGAUCAUUUUUAUACUGAAAAAUAAAGCUUAGAAACUUAGAUUUAAAACUAAUGAUAGUGCUUAACUUAGUAUUAAUUGUAGUUUUAUUCAUUUAAAUCUAAUGAGAAUGUUUUACUUUCUAAGUUUUACACCCUAUAAAUGAAGGUCUAAAAAAAUAAUUUAUAAAGUGAAAUAUGGCCAACAUGCAAAAUUCCCUUUUGGUUUUAUUACAUAAAAGUAAUUUGAGUCUUAACUAGUAAAUCUUGAGUAAAACUUAGGAUAGUGUUAUUCUCUUCCUGUAACAGAAUUUCAAUAGAAGAUUUUUCACAAGAUUAAUAUGAAUUUAAUCUGAUUUUAUUGUUUCUUAAAUUUUAGACUUUUUAAGUUGACAUUUAAAUGAUAGUACAAGCAUUCCCUCUUUAGUAGCAUUUUUUUUUUCAGACAUGCUGAAGUGGUUUCAAAAAAGAGUAAUAUUUAAAUAGCAACUUUACUGUUUUAAAAAUCCAGUCUUUUAACUAGUUUGGCUUUUUAAACACAUGGCAUCUUUAUUAAGCACAUUGGAAAGGUCUGUUGACAGAACUGAUUGAGAGACAAUAACUUGUGACAAUAAGUCAUUUGAUUGAUAAACACUGAAAACACUGCAUGUUAUUUAUAAAAUCAUAUAAAGAAAACACUUUUGUCAAGCUCUUAAUUUGAGCAACAUUUGUAUAUAGUCUCAGGCCUUAAAAGUUGAUAGUUUUAUUUAUGAUUUUGUAGAUUAAGUUAUUUAUGUAUGAAACAAAGCCGGAAAAUAUAUUGAAAAGGGAUUGUUUACAGAGGGCUUCUUUAAUGUAUUACAUUUCUGAAAUGUAAACAUAUAUUUUUAAUGUGUACUUAAAUAUAAGGAAAUCAAACAAAAUAGCGAUGCAGUUGCAGUGUGUGCAUAUUGUCAGUGACAAAAUUAAAACCAUUUCGGAGGUAUUGGCAUGUACUUUUGAUUUAAUAUUGCAUCUGUGAAUUCAGCUUGUGUUCCCAGAGAUAUUAAAUAAAUAUUUAGAUGAUUUUUUA